AUGCCCUUACUGCUGCGCCCUAGUCCCGCGGCAGGGCGCGCGCUGGCGUGGCGCGGUAGCAGUCAUGACGCAGCUGCUGUUUCACGUGUGACGCUGACUCCGCUUGCUGCCCUUCGGCACCUCUUUCGGGACCACACUUCCGGCUACCAACCGCCUAAUGGCCACCACGGUUCUCAGCGCCAUCGUCACCACCUGCACCACCACCACCACCGGCAUCCCAACCAGCGAAAAGCAUCCGAGCUCUCCCACGACUGGAUGUCCUUGUAUCUGGGAGCCAAGCUAGCGCUGUGGUCCGGACUCUGCUAUUUCCCGUACGACACAAUACCUCGUACACUCCAGGAGGAGGGUCUGAAGCUGGUAGCGUACGGCCGUACGAGCUUCACGUGCUGGUGGUGGCAUCAGCUGCACGAGCACCCCGGCGAUAAACGCGGCAACAUCCGCCAUGAGGUGGCCUCGGCCAUCAGCACGAACACCAGCAUUAGGACAGACACCUAUGGCCCCGGUAGCAGCAGCAUCAGCAUCAGCAGCAGUACUGGCGAUGCUUCAACAGGGCGCCCUCUGCGGCCCCCUUUGGAGCCAUGGGGCCGCGUCCUGCUGCUGCUUAUGAUGGUAAUAAUGGUGGGGAAGAGGGCGAUGCUUCGCAGGGUGCUGGCAGCGGCAGCGGCAGCGGCGGGCAUGUCCGCAACCACACACCCCCACCGGGACGACAUGGUCGUGGCCUGGGCGGCGGUGGCGGCGGCGGUGGCGGCGGCGGCGGCGGCCACACGCGCCGUGAUGACCUGCACCUGCACCUGCACCGUCAGCAGCCCACGCUUCACCUCAGGGUACCCCGCGUUGACUUGCGACCUCACAGCGGAGAGGGAGGAGGAGAUGGCGGCGACGGCGGCAGUGGCCUGGGAGAUCCCCGGUACCCGCUGUCGGUUCAUCUUCCUGCGCGGGGUGCAGUGGGCCGCUCCUGAAACCAACACGCUGUCCCUAUCGGCCUCCCUGGCGACAUUCUGGCCCUCGCCACUGCUCCCUGCUGCGGACCCGGUAGCAGUGGGGGGCGUAGUAGCGGGAUUUCCCGGUGGCGGAGGGGGAAGCGGUGGCGGAGGGGGAAGCGGUGGCGGAGCACCUACUCCAGCACCACCACCGGCAGCGGCAGUGCUCGCCUCCAGUUCAGGCAGCGGCAGCAGCAGCAGCAGUCCUCCCUCCCCCCCCGCCAUCUCCCCCCCACUGGGGGACCACUGGGAUAAGCUGGUGGCCCACCGCGGGGUGGCGGCCCUAGCCAGGGAGCUGCUGCCCGUACUGCUGCCGUACAUAAGGUGUUGGGGGGUUGGGUUGGGGGGGUGGCAGGGCUCUGCGUGGAGGAUGAUAUGGGCCAUGUCCAUAAUGACCGGCUGCAGUAGUCCCCUGGAAACGCGGUUAGCUCGCAACCGCUCCCCACUGCGCUUCAUGUCCAUGUCCGUGUUGGGGGUUGUUGCGGCGGCAGGGGGGUGCGAGGUGGUGCCCGUAUCGGAGGCUGAGGCGGAGUCCCUGCUGCAAAUGGCGCUGGAUGAGGCCGUGGCUGCACCCGUGCGCUCGCUCCAGCACUGGUUGGACCACCACCACGCCUCCUACCACCACGACCUGGAGACGACCGCACUGGCGGCUUACAGGCGGCUGGUCAGGAGCCGGAAAGGAGCGGCAGCGGAGCAACAACAACAGCAUCAGCAUCAGCGACAGCAAGAGCAUCUGGUGGAUGGGGAAGAAGGGGGGAAGGGGGGGACGGUACGUGGACAGGAGCAGCAGCGGGAGGAGGGCGCGGAGGCGUUAUUCGCUAAAAUGGGUUGGAUUGCACCAUUCGAUGGAUGGUUGCGGGCUGUCGCUGCGGGUGCAAAUUGGAUGAAGGAAUUCGCAGGUGUGCAGGAGGCCCCGCAGGGCGCAAACGGGGUGAAGAGGAAACAAAACCAGUCUCGGGACCAGGACCUGGGGGGGAAGGCGCACACGUCGUUGCUGAACCUGCUAGGUCUGGGGGCUGAACGGGUCGGGCCUGCCCCCUUCGGAGUGCCGUUGGGCAGGGGUUUUGAUUCACCUGGUGGUUUGGAGUUGGCUGUCCUAGCCGUGGUGCCGUAUAUUUGUGGUCAACCAACACAGCAGAGGCCACAGACGAGACCAGACCGUGGUGCCGUACGAUGCGCGCACUCAAUCAGGCGACAUGUUGACCAACCGUACUAUGCGACGGACAGACAGAAAAUGUGUUGUAGAAAAUAUUGUGCACCGCACCGUAACAAACAACAGGCUGACUAUGUCACAUGGCUCACCAAACGGCCGUAUGCUGGCCGUACGCGGGAGCCAGCGGGCCGUACAAUUAUGUACGGCCGUACAAACUUUUACGACAGCUCCAGGUGCUUCAAGUCGUAA